AUGGUAAGUUUUCCCUUCUCUUUCCUUUUUUUCGUUGCAUUUCCCUUUUUUCAGAUCGCCCGUUUCGCAGUCCUCUCCCUGCUUGUCUCCGUCUCGUUCGCGUGUCUUCCAGGCCUCGGAGGCCUCGGACUCGGCGGCGGAUGCGGAGGACCGGCCGCCUCUCCGUGCGCCGCCCCGCCACCACCGCCGAUCGCCUGCGGAGGAGGAUGCGGAGCCGCGUAAGUCAUCCCAUUUGUGCCCAUCCACCCCACGCCCUUUUCAGUCCGUAUCCGGCCGGUCCGAUCGCCGGACCCUACCUGGCCCCGUCGGCGUUCGCCCCGCCACCACCACCGCCACAGACUGUCAUCGGAGUCGGCGCCCAGCCCUCCGCCGCCGUCUACUCGGCCCCUCUGCCAGCCGGAAACGCAUACGUCGGACAGGGAAAAUAA